GUGAAGACGGUGCCCUAUUUCUAACGCCUAUUAAGUGCAACAAAAAGUUAGAAGCUGCAGCAGAGUACCACAAUGUUAACCUCUUAUUUCACAAAGCCUUAAGCCAUGGGUGUGCUGAGGAACAAAUAGGUCACCCGGGGCAAUUUAUUCAGGACGCUUGGAGAGAGGCAUUGAGAGGAAAUGCAAAUUUAGACCGUCAUAAAGCCGAACCAAAACUUUUGGGGCAAGUCUGCAUCCUGGUUUAAUUCUGUUAACUUGCUCUGAACAUCUCCUUCGCCAUGCAGCUGCGUGGAGCCUUGAUUCUUCUGGUCAUAACGAUUUCAACAGUUGGUGGCCUGCGAUGCUAUACAUGUACAGUAACAGAGGCCCGCUCCUGCACUGACACCAAAUCGUGUGCCGUGAUUUUCGACCGCUGUUUCUCCCACAGAAUUGAUGGUUAUGGCGUGGUUACUAAGGGCUGUCAAAGCCAACUACUGUGUGGCGGUGCCAUGGCCUGCUGUGAGGGAGACCUGUGUAACAAGGCGCAGAAUACCGGUCCCAGUGUCCUGCUGCUGCUGCUGCUGCUGCUGUCCUCAGCCAUGGUAACCUCCCUGUGAAACGCCUCUUCGGCCUUCACGUCCUGGGGACAGCCUUCGGCGUUUUGUUCGCUCCGUUCUGCAUGCUUUUCUUCCCACAUUUGUCUGUUUUCUGAGUAAAGGUGUUCCGUCUUCAAAUCCCCGUGUUACCCCCGGCUUGGUCGGGCGUCCCUGCAGACACAAUUGGCCGUGUCUGCGGGUGGGAAGCCGGAUGUGGGUAUGUGUCCUGGUCGCUGCACUAGCGUCUCCUCUGGUCGGUCGGGGCGCCUGUUCGGGGGGGAAGGGCAACUGGGGGGGGGGGGGGAUAGCGUGAUCCUCCCACGUGCUACGUCCCCCUGGUGAAACUCCUCACCGUCAGGUGAAAAGAAGCGGCUGGCGACUCCACGUAUAUCGGAGGAGGCGUGUGGUAGUCUGCAGCCCACCCGGAUCGGCAGAGGGGGUGGAGCAGCGGCUGGGGCAAUUGGCCGGGUACAAAUGGGGAGAAAAACGGAGGGGGGGGGUCAGUCUUUAAAACCUGCAAUUGAAAGCGCGUUCACAGGUGUCGUAGGCUUACGCAUUUU